AUGAAACUAACAUCUCGCGAGCUCAACUCGGCUCAGCUCGUUAAAGCUCGAUCCGUUAGUAAACGAGCGGAGCUCCAGCUUGAGUUUUUGGUUCGUUUGGUAAACUCGAUUCCAAACAAAGGAGUUGCGGGUUUCCAUACCCGGAACCGAAACCCGGAUUGCUUUCUUUUCAGUGAGAAAGCAAAGAAGAGGGGAAAACAGCGCCACAAAACCACCGUGAAUUGCCUCUCCAAAUCUCUCCACUUCACUGUUGUUUCCUUCCAAUUUUCCUCCCUUCAUCAGACAUCUGUGCACCCAAACAUGCCUUCUGAAGACUCGAAGCCGGUGAAGAAAGAGGUGGAAGAAAACGAUGAGAAACCCAACAAUGGGAAGAAUAAUCCCAAAUCGAACGAAGAAGCCAAAGCGAAGAAAGAACCAGUUAACGACAACGAUGGUGGUUCAGAAAAACCCACUGGUAAGAAGAAGCCCAACAGUGCGAAUACUCCCAAAGUGAAGAAAGAAGAAUCUAAGAAGAAACCCAACAAUGCGACGACUCCCAAAUCGGGGUCCACCAAGAAAACCCAAGCGAAGAAAGAAGAGGAUUACGACAGCGAUGACGAGAAACCCAUUUCUAAGAAGAAACCCAACGACGUUGACAAGAAAAAGAACAAGGUAAAGAAGGAGGAGGAGGAAAAGAAAAUUUGGGGCAAAGAAGCUGAGAAUGGUAAGAAAAGGGAAAAGAAGGUUUAUGAUUUGCUUGGUCAGAAGCGAGACCCUCCCGAGGAAAGAGACCCACUGAGGAUUUUCUACAAAACUUUGUAUGAGCAAAUGCCUGGUAGCGAAAUGGCAGCUUUCUGGUUGAUGGAGUGUGGUUUGCUUCCCGAGGAGGUGGCAAAGAAAGUUUUUGAGAAGAAACAGAAGAAGAAUCCGCUGCAAAAGCUUGGUUCGCCAAUGAAAACUGUUGUCACCGUGAACAAAACCUCCAAGUCUGUUACAUCGAAGAAGGAAACAUUGUCCUCCCCUGUUUCUUCACAGAAAAAGAAGAAGACGCCAGAUUCCAAAGUCGCGUCGAAGCAGACCAAGAAACGCAAGAUUGAGGAUGGUAGUUGUUCUGAAGAUGGAUCGGACGACGACUUUGUUUUGUCAACGAAAGUGGCCAAGAGACAGAAAGUUGCUUAGUUUACUAAAAAAGAA